UGUAAGCGAAGAUUCUAACUGGUAAAAUUGUCUGCGAGAAAAGUGCUAGCGUUCAAUUCUUGACAAGGGUUGUUCUCAUUCCAGUUGUGUCUUUACAAACGCACUACUUUCGCUUCGAUGUUCUUCUGCGACCAAGCAAGGCGAUAUCGUGAACAAAGGCCCGGAACGGUACGGGAGGCAGUCACAGCCCGCCAAGCACAUCCAGGAAGCAGAGCCCGUACUUGACACAAACUUCACGCAGUACACUAAACAUCACCAAUUCACUACAGUUCUCAACCAAAACUCUUCUUCCCCAUCACAGAACAAACUAAACAAUAUGUCCCUCAACCCCGCGCUCCACAUCAUCCCGCCAACAGCGCCUCACACCUAUACAAUAAUCUUUUUACACGGCCGCGGUAGCGACGCAACCACCUUCUGCAACGAAAUCUUUGAAAGCCAAGAUAGCUCAAAUCGCUUCUUCACGGACAUGUUCCCGUCGGUCAAAUGGGUAUUUCCCUGCGCAAAGAAGAGAUGGGCCAAGACAGAGGAAGAAGAAAUGCAUCAGUGGUUUGACAUGUCUUCCGUUCAGAGACCACAGGAAGAAGUCGUAGAGCAAAAAAUGGGGUUGUGGGAGAGUGUGAGUCAGGUGCUGGAGGUGCUGAGAGCGGAAAAGGAGCUUGUUCGGGGCUCAGAGAAUGUGAUUCUUGCUGGCAUAAGCCAGGGCUGUGCUACGGCUAUCUUUUCUCUGCUCACAAGUGACGCCCGGGUGGGUGGGUUCUUUGGACUUUGUGGAUGGCUGCCUUUGGCGGAAGAGAUGGAACAAAUUAUGCGGGUACCGGGGAGAUCGAUUGAUGUUCUUGCAAUGCCGGUUUUGCUACAGCACUGUCGGGAUGAUGGAGUCGUGCCUGUUCAGAAUGGCGAGGAUCUUGUGGAAAGGUUGAGGAGCAUGGGUAUGCAAGUGAAGUGGGAGAGCUUUGAGAAUGGGGGCCAUUGGCUGAAUGAACCAAGGGGAAUGGAUGGAAUUGUGCGGUUCAUCGAAGAGGUCAUGGAGCGUGGAAAGAGUUCUACCAAAUGAACGUUGUUUCUCAGAGAUCUAUCGAGGUUCGCC